CGCUUUUUCUUCACCGGCAGCUUGGGAUCCAAACCUAUGCCUAGCUUCAGCUUAGGACCCGAACCUCAGUUUUGUUCCUGCGUUCGUUGAAAAUUUUGCACACUGCUUUGAUUGCUUUAUCCCUCUCUCUGAGCUAAGACUCAGUUCUAUAUCUCUUUCUACAUCUCCGAUUCAAACCCUAAAUUAUUUAGCAAAUUUGCAGUCUCAGAAGAUCGAUUACGAGUUCAAACAGAGGCGUCAGGGCGAAACUGUUCUGGAAAUUGGAGCACGUCCAAAUCAUGUUAUGCAAUAUUUGGCAGAUUGAUGCAAGAUCAAUAUUUGGUAUUACAUUUUUCUUUUGCAGUAUGCUUUUUCUUGUUUUUGCUUUUGCAAAAAUUGCAAGUUUUGUCUACUUCUUGUCAUAAGGAGGCUUGUAAUGUCCUUUUUCACCAAACAAGACUGAUUUUCUUGUGCUUAUUUAGCUCCCCUUAAUUAAUCCAUUCAAACGAAGGAACUAUCCAUCUUCUAUGUUAUCUGGAUCAAUUGAAGUUCUUGUUUUGGAGGGACUGCCCCUUUUCUGUCCUCUACUUGCAAAUGAUAUGGUAUUUAUGUUUGAUAAUAAGAACUCUGUUACCAUUAAUUUGUGUUAUGCCUUCAUUCUCAUUGUAUACGGAAUGAGAUUCUUGAAUGACUUGAACAUGGUGGUUCGGAGUGACACUUUAAAGGAGCAGAAUUGAGGUUUGAACUUGCUUGAGCUUGAAAAGUUCUUGUGCUGUUAUUUUCCCAUUAAUGAGAUGUCAAGUUAUAAAGACUGAAGUUAUUGGUUUCCGUAAUAGGUAUCGGUUUUUCCUAUCACAAAAUUUUGGCUGCUGAAAUUUGUCCGGUGGAUCAUCUAUGCCUGGCAACGAAGUUGGAGAUAGGAUCCAUAAUUUCUUUGGUCAGGAGAACUUGUCUCGUGGCGAGCACCGCUCAGAGGUUGUUGACGGCACCUGGCCUGUGCUAGUUAACAAUCCAUGGGCUGGUAGUCAGAGACAUAUUGGCACAUCUUUUUCUAACUUGAAGAAUCACUCUCUACAGCAAUCAGCUGAUUCUGAGAGAGUACAUGGGGGACAAUCAUCAAAUGUACAGCAUGGUGUAAAUUUUUCUCAAUCAAUCCUGAGGCCUGAGUUCACUAGAAGUCAAUCUCAAAACCAACAACCCACAUUGAAUGGCUAUGUGCAUGGGAAUCAAACUCUCCAGACGAGGCACAAUGAUACAAACUUUUUGGGAGUGGAUUUGGAACCUGAUCAAUGUAAUUUAACAUCAAGAGGCUUUUCAAUUCUUGAUGCACAGUUGGGGAGUAGUCCUGAACUUCACAAGAAAAGUUCAGUAAGGAUGGAUUUUAAUGAAUCUCCUGUUAAUUUUGAUUUUUUGGGAGGUCAACAGCAAAUUAGUAGCCAGCAUCCUGGCAUGUUCCAAUCUUUGCCAAGGCAGCAGUCGGGGAUUAGAGAUAUGCAGCUAUUGCAGCAACAAGUCAUGCUCAAGCAAAUGCAUGAAAUUCAGAGGCAGCAACAGCUUCAGAAACAGCAAUUGCAGCAACAAGAUGUAGGGCAACUGAAUUCUGUAAAACAGGUUUCCUUGUUUGCAAAACAAGGAGCUGGUUGUCAUCCAUCAACUUUGGUCAAUGGCAUUCCUGUACAUGAUGCAUCUAAUUGUUUGUGGCAGCCUGAGCUUAUGGCAGCAAAUACAAACUGGCUACAGCGGGGCAUGUCUCAAGCUAUGCAAGGUUCCUCUAGUGGGCUAAUGUUUUCCCCUGAGCAUGGCCAGGCACUGCCCUUGACAGGAAUGAUUCCUCAGCAGGUUGAUCAAUCUCUUUAUGGUGUUCCUAUUUCUGGGACAAGAGUUGCUCCAAGGCAAUACUCUCCUGUCCAAAUGGAUAAGUCUACAAUACAGCAUAUAUCAGGCAGUAGUAAUGCCUUUUCAGGUGAUCAAUAUGCUGGGUUUUCAGACCUGUCUGGUAUGCAGGAUAGUACUUUGGCUUCUAGGCAAGGAUAUCAGGGAAAGAACAUGAUAGAGACUGCUGCUAGCCAAGGCUUAGUUGGUGGAUUGAAUUUGGAAAACUUGCAGCGAGUGGGUCCCCAUCAAAGCAGUGGGCCUGGACAGGAUUUUCAUGGGAGGCUGGAUGUAGGUGGUUCAUCAGAAACAUCAUUGCAGAAGACAGCAAUGCAGGUUGCCCCUUCACAGAAUGCGGCUACACUAGACCCAACUGAGGAAAGAAUUUUGUUUGGUGAAGAUGAUAAUCUGUGGGAAGCUUUUGGCCGAGGUACCAGCAUAGGAUCAGGAGGUUUUAAUAUGGUGGAGAGCACAGAUUUACUUGGUGCAUUUCCUUCUUUGCAAAGUGGGAGUUGGAGUGCUCUUAUGCAGUCUGCUGUAGCUGAAACGUCGAGUGCUGAUACAGGGCUACAAGAAGAGUGGAAAGGUCUGACUUUCCAGGGUAAUAUACCCCUAGCUGAAAAUCAGCAGACCCCCACUGUGAAUGAUAGUGGCAAACAGCAAUCAACUGGAGUUGAUAACAAAUUGCAGGCUGCCUCUGUGCCAAAUGCUAGACCCUAUACCAUGAAUGAUGGCACAAACUCAGGUAUCAACAACUAUAUCAAUAUGCCUGAGGUUAAGCAAUCUGGAGAAUGGAGGGAAAAGUUGCAUGCUGGUUCUUCUCAAAGAUCUGUGCAGCCAUUUUCUGGAGAGGGAACCAAGUGGUUGGAUUGCAACCCUUUACAAAAGCCAGUGUCUGAAGGCAGCCAUAAUUAUGAAAAGGGUGCUCAGGCCUCAGAUGCAGGCCCAAAAGCAAAGAACGGUUCAGGACCUUCAGGUUCUUUGACAAAUCACCUGAGCAUAUACUCCUCUAAUACUGGUAAUCAACCAGGCACUAAACCAAAUGAUUGGAAUUUUGUUGAUUCUGUGGCUGCAGCCACAGGUUCUGUUUUGAAGAAUCAGGUUAAUGAAAACACAUUGCGAGCUUCUCACAGUACCGAGUGGAAGACUCCCAUGUUAAUGGGUUAUGGUGCUGUUACAUGGAAGACUGAUUCUGUUUCUAAUUCAAUUGCUGAAUUGGAGCAUCCAAAAUCUACCACUGGAAGCCCACAGGUCAAUAAAGAAGAUUCUAACCUGAAGGAUAUUGCUAAUUUGCCUGAUUCAAGUGCUGUAUGGGCUAACCAGGAACGCAGCCAGCAGCUCCCCCAUGGUAACAGUAUUGACAUCUGGAAACAUGUUGGUUCUUCAGUCAACCCUAAAGAACGUGAGUUUCCAGGAAAAUACCAAUCUCGUAUGGAUAAGAGUUGUCAAGUUUUUGCAUCAUCUGGAAAUAGUAAUUUGGGCAAUGGAGCGGUUGAAACUCAUGAUUUCUCUGAUACAAAAGAAAGCAAAACUGAUAGCUUUCACAAUGUAUCUAACCGUACUCCUUCUGUCAGUGGUGUCAGAGAAAAAUCUUGGCUGGAUGCAAAUGAUUCACUUACUUUGUCUGAGGAAAAACUGAAAUCAUCUGUUCAUGUUGGUCGAAAGCCUUCAGGAGUUCGUAAAUUUCAGUAUCAUCCUAUGGGAGAUCUGGAUGCUGAUGUUGAACCUUCUUAUGGAGCAAAAUAUGUCACUCAUCCACAGUCCACACCUGUGCAGGUUUCUCAAGGUUUAAAAGGUCAUGAUCAUGGGGGUAUUGGGAACUCAAAAUUUCCUGUUCAGAUAGCUAGAAAUUCUGUGGAACUUGACAAGCUUCAUUUUGCACGUCAAGGGGAAACAAAAGGCUCAGAUGAGAUGUCAGCAAAAAGUAUAUUUCUAGUUUCUGAACUUGGUGCUUUUACUUCUUCUGACAGAGCUGUUUCCAAUUAUGCAACAAGCAAGACAACACCCUCAAGUCAAACUAUGCUUGAGCUUCUUCAUAAGGUGGACCAAUCAAGGGAGCAUGGAAAUGCAGCACACUUCAGCACUCCUGACUGUUAUAAGUCUUCUGAGAUGCAUGAUAUUAAAAAUUCUAAUGGAUCUGUUCACCUCCGAAAAAAUCAGGCUCCUGCUUCUCAAGGUUUUGGUUUACAACUUGCUCCCCCGUCUCAACCCUUGCCUUGUCAAGACCAUGCCUCAUCUUCUCAAAGCCCUUCACAGGCAAAUAAUUGCCUCAGUUCAACUUGUGUCAGUUCUGAAGUAGGGGAGAAAGGUCAUGGAUGGAUGGCUUCCACAUCUUCUGUUCAGGGCUCGCCUCAUGAGAUGUCUCAAGUAGAAGUAAGAAAAAAUAUUUCUGCUUCCUCAGGACAAACUAGCAAGAAUACCCAAGGAAAACUUUCAGAUGCUCUUUCCCCUAGCUCUUCUUAUUCAAAAAGACAUAUCCAUAAUAUGCACAUGCAUGAUAUGGGCACAUGUGCAAUGACCACUGACUCUGUCAAUGCAUACUAUGAUAGGUUUGCUUCUCAGUCGAAACAAAUGAGCGAGACUUUUCAGAGAGCUCAUAGUGGUCAGUCAGCACUGGCAUCAGUGCCAGAGAUGUCUAGGUCACAUGAUGAUGUUACUUAUUCUGGUGAGAUUCAUAAGCUGAGUAAUAACAACCAAAGUAGCAAAAAAGAUUCUGCCCAGCAAUUUCCUGUUUUGGAAGCUGCACCAGCUCCUCAGGGUUCUAAUAUAUCUGGCACAUCACAGGAGAAUUCUUCUGCAGCUAGAAUGUCUGGUACUGAAUGGACCAGUGUUUCAACACGGCAAUGUUCAUUUGACACACAGGCUUUUAAAGCUUUGUCCAAUAUUCAAUCAAAUAAUGAUUCAGAAACAACUUCCUCUACACCUCAGAAGCUAGAAGGUCAUGGCCUACAAACAGUAAGGAGUGAUCCAUCUGGUGCAUAUUCUGUGCAUUCAUGUGGUUUUGUUGGGAAAGAACAAGCAACAAAAGGAGACCCAUGCCAGCAAGUUUCACCUGAUAACGACCAUUUGCAGAAGACAAUGUCUCUCUCUGAAGGUAAAGAAUCUGUUGCAAAUUGUCUCACGGACACUUCUCUUGCGAACCCUGCCAGUACCCAAAGGGAGAUUGAAGCAUUUGGCCGAUCUCUAAGAUCCAAUAAUAUUUUACACCAAAAUUAUUUGUUAUUGCAUCAAGUUCAGCACAUGGAAAUUGAAGAUGUGGAUCCAGAUAAUAGGAGUUUGAAAAGAUGUAAACGUCCUGAUGUUGCUGUGGAUGCUCAGCAGAUAGGUUCCCCAGGAGGGCAGCAGCUCUAUGGUCACAAUAUGGUCACAGAUGCAUCAACAAAUUGUGCUUCAGUUCCCACUGGUGAUUCUAAGAUGCUUAGCUUUUCAGCAAGACUAGCAGAUGUUCGUGAUACAAAUAUGCCAUGUCAAGAUAUUCUAAGACUUGGUCAAAACGACACUCAAAAUUUUGCCAAUAGCAGUGCAGUUCCUGUGAGAACUGAACAGUCUCAGAUCAGUCCCCAGAUGGCCCCAUCCUGGUUUGAUCAGUAUGGCACCUUUAAAAAUGGGCAGACAUUACCAUUACAUGAUGCACAAAAAAAUGUCUCCAUGAAAAUGAAGACUUGGGAACUUCCUUUUGCUGUUGGAAGGCCUUCCAAUAGCUUGCAUUGUCAUGGUCCAUUGGAGCAAGAAAAUGUGAUUGCUAGUCAGCACAGUAUUCUGCAAAAGAGUUCAACAAUGGAACCACUAGCAAAUGAAAAUCUCUCUUCUCCUCAGUUGAUUCAUCAUGAUGCUGGUGAUGUGAGCUUGGUUGCUGUGAGGCCAAAGAAGCGCAAAACUGAUACCUCAGAACUUAUACCAUGGAAUAAACAAGUGGCAAUUGGCCUUCAAAGGCUUUCAAUCAUCAGUUCGGCAGAAGUGGACUGGUCUCGUGCAACAAACAGAUUGACUGAGAAGGUGGAAGAUGAAACUGAAAUGGUAGAGGAUGUACCUCCAGCCUUCAGAUCAAAGAGAAGGCUUAUAUUGACAACACAGCUUAUGCAGCUGCUGAUUCACCCUCCUCUGGCAUCAAUUCUAUCUGCAGAUGCUACAUCACAUUAUGAGAGUGUUAUACACUUUCUUGCUCGGUCAACCCUGGGAGAUGCUUGCAGCACACUUUCUUGUGCUGGAAGUGAUACUUCUGGGCCUUCCAGCAGUGGAAAUAUCCUGCCAUUGAAGCUCAAUACAUCUGAGAGAAUCAACAAUCAAUACUUCUCAAAAGUUGUGGAAGACCUGAUCAGUAGAGCAAGGAAGCUAGAAAAUGAUCUCUUGAGAUUGGAUAAGAAGGCAUCUGUUCUAGACUUGAGAGUGGAAUGCCAAGAGCUAGAGAAGUAUUCUGUUAUCAACCGUUUUGCCAAGUUCCAUGGCCGGGGCCAAGCUGAUGGGGCCGAUACCUCAUCAUCGUCUGAUGCACUUCAGAAAUCCUCCUGCCUUCAGAGAUAUGUUACUGCACUUCCAAUGCCUAGAAAUCUCCCUGACAGGGUACAAUGUUUUUCACUUUGAUAAUUAAUUGAUUGAUUUUUAUCUCUUAUUGGCCAA